UAAAGUGUGUGAGGAGAGCACUACAGAUGCCAGAGCAGCCUUUUCCUCAGACCUCGUGCUCACUUUCUGCCGGGAAUAAAAAUACUGCUGCCCUAUUGUUUAGAGUCCAAAUCAUCAAUCUCGACUUGUUUGUUAGGGUGGAGCUCUAAGCCUUUGCAGUUUCACCAUCCUUUCCCUUCAUUCUGAGCUUAUUUUUUAGGAUAUGGGGGACCAAAAUAAAAUACUAUCCCGUCCCAUUUUCCGCCGAGAUGUCAAGUGGGAUCCCUUCCCAAACUGGACGCAGCCGAGCCGAAUCUUUGCGCAGGAUUUUGGCCUCCCUCCAUUCCUGGAUCCAAGUGAUCUGGACUGGAUAGAGUGGUCAAAGAGGAGACUGGCAGCUUUCUCCUGGCCUGGGCACACACAAACUCCCCUUCUGCCUCCAUUCAGCAGUCAGCACCCUGCGGCGUUGAACCAAAAGGAUCUGAGGCAACUUACGAGCGGGGUGUCAGAGAUCCGAACUGGGCAAGACAGCUGGAAGAUUAAUCUGGACGUCAAUCACUUCUCACCAGAGGAGAUUACAAUCACGACCAAGGAAGGGUACUUGCAAAUAUCAGGAAAUCAUGAAGAAAGGCAGGAUGAGCAUGGAUCGGUUUCAAGGUGCUUCACCCGGAAAUACAAGCUGCCGCAAGGGGUGGACUCACAGCACAUCAGUUCUUCACUGUCAGGUGAUGGAGUUCUGUCCAUAGAGGCCCCCGCCCCCAGGACAUCCAUCACCGACUCAGCCAAUGAGAUUGUCAUACCUGUUCAGAUCAGGCAGACGCAGGACGGUGAAAAGUGAAACCAGUAAGCAAGAAUUUGAAACUACAAUCGGGAUGUAGCCCAAGCUGUGUGCAGCAACUUUUUGUAGCAACUGGCAUGUAAAAGACAAAACUAGUGCAUAGUCACCAGUAGAACACCAUGUUGCAAUCACUUUUGGUUUCAAAAUCACAUGCAGACUCAUCGUCAUACUGACUCUGACUCUGAAUAAAGGAAUUAUUUUUGCUUGUCAGCUCUUGAAAAGGACUAGCGUGACUUUGCAUUCCUAACAACAUGCCAUCAUUUCUAAUAUCCUUAUUAGACGAAAACAUACAUGCUGACAGCAGGUAGUUGUGACCUUACAUGACCUGAGGGACUGUGGAGCUUAUGGAUGACAAUACUGGCCGAUAAUGGACAGUGGAAAUGGACUAUUUAUAUCUAAACAUCUUAUUUACUUCAUGAUAAAAAGGUUGCAUUGUGCUUCUGUGUAACAUGACAAUCUAAUUAACAAUUAAUUUGGUUGAAUUUUAAUUUGCUUUUGAGAAAGAGAAACACUGUAAAGGUUGUAGCAUAGACUCAUUGUGUGUGUUUGUCCUGAAAGUUGUAUAUUGAUGUAUGGAAUAACCAGCCUAAUGAAGCUGUCCUCAUGUAUAAUC